GGGGCUGGGACGCCAGGCGGCCACACUCUGAGGGCAGCUAGGGACAGCUGGGCCCGGGAGGAAGAGGGCUGUGCCUAGGCGGGAGGGGAGGGCUGUGGGCAGGGGUGUCGGCCACGACGGAGUCCCUGCAGCCAGACAAGGAGGGACCCAGGGAUCACUGUGUGCCCGGGGGGCUCCGCAGCGGGGCCCACCCACGGAGCUGACUCUUGCCGGCAGCUCUUGCUCUCAGCCUGGAAAGGCUGGGCCUGUGGGAGCGGCUCUUUCCCACAGGCUGGGCGCAGGCCUGAGAAGUGGGGUCCAUGGCCUAGGAGCCCAGGACAGAGCAGGGUCCUCUCCUUUCACUGUGGUUCUCGGCCUGGGAGCCCAACAGCUCCCCCCUCGACCUCCUGAAUCCCCUGGCAACUUCCCAGUCACGGCAGGUUCCGCUGCCAGAGCCAUUUAUAACUCCCAUUCCGGGCUCUGCUCCGCAGCUGAGCUCCCUGGAGAGCCGGGGGGAGGGGCAGCCACUGCUGGGAGCUGUGGGCCUGGGCACGAGGCUCUGACCUGAGCCCCCCGUGAGGACGCAGGGAGAUGGCAGAUGGGCCUAGCAGGGUGGGGGCUUACGGCCUUCCAUGAGCUGACUCCCCACGCGGCCCUAGCUCUGGGUCUGGGGCUGUUCCUUGGGUGGUAAGAAUAGGGUAGAAUGGACGGAUAUAAAAGUUGAGGAACUGGUAAGGGAUGGGCCCAGCAGUCAGGAGCUUGGGCCCCUGCCCUCUGCAGGGGCCUCACGGGGCUGAGUCCCCGAUGAGCAAGCAGGAAGAGAAGGAUGCAGAGCUGGACCGGAGGAUAGUCGCCCUUCGCAAGAAGAACCAGGCCCUGCUGCGCAGGUACCAGGCCUGUCGGCGUCUGUGUAUCUGUGCCUCUGGGGGGCCGUGGCCUGUGCUGACCCCGGGGCCCUCCCACAGGAGAUCCAGGAAGACCGACGGCAGGCAGAGCAGGGGGGCAUGGCUGUGACCACACCGGAGCUCCUUCGUCCUGAUGGCCUCACUGUCACCGUCAGCCAGGUUCCUGGAGGAAGACCCACCCGGGAGACAGGGUGGGGUGGCAGGGAGGUGGCGGCCCAGCUUGUGCUGGGGGAGCACAGCCGCCCCUGCUCCUCUGCCUCUCCCACUUCUCUUCAGCGGCGCACCUACCAACCUCAUGCAGCCCAGGCCACUGCUGGCCCCCACCCCAAAGAGCCACAGUUGGAAGGGGAAGCGGGUGGUCAGCCGGAACUGGGCGAGGAGUGCCCUUGGACCUGGAGCAGCCAGUGAGACGCUUGAGGAUGAGCAGGCAGAGGCCCACACUGGCACCUUCUGCUUGGGGGAGCGGGUGGAUCUGGCCGUGACCAUGGAAAACAAAGCCGAGGCCAAGCGGAUCGUAAGUGAGAAGCCCACCAGGGCACGGAACCAGGGAGCAGAAGCAUCACCUGGAGCAGGCGUGGGCCGGAGCCCCUCCGUGCCACCGGCCGUCAGCUCAGAUUCUGCACGGAGGGGUGUCCAGGAGCCCCGGAGUCCAGCCCCAGUCCCAGGCCCAGCUCCCCGCCGGGCACUGGGGGGCCCCCUGGAGGUGGGCUGGGACUAUGCCCAGUGGAAGCAGGAGCGGGAGCAGAUAGACCAGGCCCGCCUGGCUCGGCACAGAGACGCACAGGGUGACUGGCGCCGCCCGUGGGACGUGGACAAGGCCAAGCCCACGCGACAGGGCUCCAGCAAGCCUCGGGAAGAGGGCCCAGCCAGGGUGGGCAGCACGAGGGGUCCCAGGAGUCACCGAAAGCUACAGCCCCCACCACUGCCCCCUGAAGGCAAAGGCAGUGCUACUCGGGGUGGGCAACAGGGCAGACCCGUGGUGGCGCUGGCCACCCGCAGCAAGGCUCGAGGGACAGAGAGGCUGACUGGCAGGGCGCGCAGGUGGGAAAUGAAGGAAGACAGGGAGGAGCCGGAGAGCCAGGAGGGAAGCCAGAGCACCAGAAAGACUCCGAAUGGGAAGGAACAUGAGCAGACUCAGAGCAGGAUGGAGCCGGGCGGACCCACCAGUGCCCCGGGAACCACCCCUACCCCAGCAUCGGCAUCACCAGAGGGGCUGAAAGAGGAGUCGGGAGAUUUGGCAGCCAGUCCAGCCAGUCCGGGCUCUCCACCAAACUCAGACUUGGUUCCCCUCGAUCUCUCCCUAGGAGGCGCCAGUAGCUCUGGGUCUCAGGAGAGCGCCUGUGUGCUCAGUUCAAAGCCUGGGGCCCAGGAGAGCCCUGCAUCCCGGCUGGAGGGCCAGGAGCAGCCCCUCAGGUCGACCGAGCCCCAGGCCAUGCCAGAAGCCCAGACUUGUUCCGGGCCCCCCAAAGGGGCAGAGCCCCUGGAGCCCAGAGAAGACAGGCCUGGCAAGGCUGGGGCCCAGCAGGGCCUGACACCUCGGAGCAGGGCCCCUAGAGGAGGCAGCCAAAGGGCGAGGGGUGCAGGAGGUGUGAGGAGCAGGACAGGGGGUCCUGGCCCUGCAGGAAGAUGCUGAGCAAAGUUCAUGGGAGCAGGGGGCCAGGCUGGGGAGAGGAGGGAAGGCGCUGUCCAGAGUCUGCGCCAUGGGUGUGUGGUGGCUGGUGGCCGUGGUGGCCUGGCUGAGCGGUUUGGCAAACUCUCCAGGGGAGUGAGACCCUGAAGGCCAGGAGCCAGCCCCUGCCCUCACAGGCACCCGCUGUGCACACGUGUGCUCUCACCUGCAGGUACAGCCCCUGGUGCAUGCCCACGCCACGCCUGGUCUGUGAGGCUGGUGAACUCUGUCCCAAGCCUACUACUGCCCAGGCCACAGGCUCCCUGCCAUGACAAGAGGACAAGGCUUGGAAGCACUCAGCAACCGGCUCACCUAGCUCCCGUCACCCGCAGGGCCUGGCCACUCUCUCCAGCUGCUGGCUCCUGGCUCGUCAGGUACUGCCAGCUCAUCAACUGCUGCCAGCCUCAGCAGCUGGCAUGGCUAGCCCAGGCCUGGGUCCCUUUCCUACACUUUCCCCUGCCUUGCACCCAUGUGACUCUUAGUCCCAGAAUCACUGGAUGACCAACGAGGGAAUCUCACAAUUACCUGGCUGCCCGCUACCUUUCGGGAAGAGCAGGCUGAGGCCCAGAGGAAGGGAGGCCACAGCCGGCAGGGAUGGAGCUAGGGACAGAAGAAAGGAGGGAUCUCGAGAAAGUCUCUGAAGCAGGGUGGGGUGAAGAGGGGACAGAUGGCUGUCUCUCCCCACAGCAGGGUUGGGGAGCUCAUAUUCAGGGACCUCCUCCCCCACCCCUAGGUUAGACCUGAGUGCAUCCUGAAUGGGGGAGGGGGAGCCUGCCACCCGGGGUCGUUUUCUGCCAUCUCCGACUUCCUCUUCCCACCGCCUCCCUGCACUGUGUCAUGCCAAAGCGAGGUCUCACUCAGGCAGGGGCUCAAGAGGCAGAGAAACAGCAACUCCAGCUAAGUACGACAUCAGGACUCGUCUUUCCUACUUAGUCUCUGUUCCCCCCACCCCCCACCACUGAGACCCACGUCUGGUGAAUUAUCCAGACUCCGCACAAGCUGUGGCUUCCUCUCAAUUCAACAAACAUUUCCUGAGCACCCACUACCAGCAAUGCAGCCGGUGGGCGAUGGUGACUUUGCCAGCAAGAGGGAGGGAAGAAGCCUCGUCAUCCGGCAGAUCCAGGCUGCACAGCAGGAGCUGUUCUUGGCUGCAGGUGCCCGACAGGUGUUGAAGAUGGUAGUAGGAGCCCAGAGGGAACCAUCCCACUGCCGUGUGCAAAGGUGGGCACGCCUCUCUUUCUCACUGGGUGUCCCCUUUGCCCCCAAACCCCUGCUUGGAUCUCCCCACAUAGCCAGGCCGUGGCUGUUCCUCUCUGCUGAGAGUCCCAGGCUUCACCGGCUUCUCUGGGUUCUCUCUGGAGUGUCCAGAUCAUCCCCAGCAUUUCUCUCCACUGUCAAAGAGAGGUCUGGAUUGUGGCUCAACUGUGAGGCCAGGCUUCCUCACUGGCUCUUACUCUACGAGCCACCCCCUCUAUUGAGGAGGAGGGUGGAGGGGAUGACUUUUCAACAGAUCAGAUUGUUUCGAGUAGUGCUUCUUACACAUAAAGGUGCAGACGAAUGCAGACUCUUAACUGUGGGCUGGGCCUGGGAACCAGCAUUUCUCAUAGGCUCCAGGUGCUGCCUUUACUGCAGGUUCCUGGACCACACUUUGAGAGGAAGGAUUUGGAUUAGAAUAUAUGGAGGGCUGAGGACAGAGACAGACUCUAGACUCUUAAGGGCUGGCUGCUGGCUCUACAUGGGGUGGUGGCAGGCUGCCCCUGCCAGGUGAGAGCUUCCUGGUCUCAGAGUCAGGUGGGAAACUGAGGCUUUGGGUUAGAGGCUUGAGAGCUGGUGGUGCCAACUUCCUGUAGUGGGGAGUGAGAAAGUUGAUUGGGAAUGGGGUGAGGUGAAGGUGGUUGGAAGAGGUGAGGAUUGAUCAGAGGAAUUCUGGAAAGGCUUGGGAACAUUCUGUGCAUGUAGGGAGAAGACCCCUGUGAGAUAUGAAAAGGCAAGGGUGAAAGAUUCCAAGCUUAAGUUUUCCUCUUGCCAUCUGGUCACACGUUUGUGACUUCAGAGCAUAAAACUGGCUCUGGAACCCAUGACUCCUAAGGAUGGAGCUGGAGUAGAGCAGGUUCAAGCAGAGCCCUUGAAUUCAGAUGUCUCCCAAAUUGUGAACCAGAAUUUGGAUUCUAAGAAUUACAAACUUCCCCCAACUGCCAAUGCUGCCAACUAUACAGAUGUGCCUUCAUUAAAGGGUAUGUGCCAAGUCAUGUUUGACUGUGGGCUGGAGAUGUAGUUUGGGCAGAGGUCUGCUUGAGGCCUUAUGACAAGACCUAAGUGGGAGAGGAAGCUGGGCUAAAGGGCUAAGGAAAAAUGGGCUUCUCUCUCUUCUGGGUGUUAGGAGAAAGGGAUGUCAUGGGAGUGAGUCACUAGCAGUUGGAGAGAAUGGGGUCUGGCAUAGAGUAUCUUCAUCAUAGGAAGAACUGUAGCACAAGGCAAGUAUCACUGAGCUUUCCUUAGAAAAGGGAAGCCCUUCUUCAGGACCAAUGAGCUAGCACUUCUGGUGGCCACAAACCCUGCUCCAGGAUGAAACCAGCUAAGGGGCAGGAGGGAAGGGUAAACAUCCCUCCACAAAGCUCAGGGCCAUGGAAGGCUGCUCUGUUUCUUCCUGGAUCCUUUCGUUAAAGGCCUGGCUGGGAGCCUUCUUGGAUGUCCUUCUCCUCUCCAACCAACAGACAAGACUGCUUCUCAAAGGUGGGAAGUUCUUCAUGGGACAUGGCUUCAGGAGCCCAAGCACAGAGCUGGAGGAAUUGAUGAGGGAAAGUGCACAGGGCAGUAGGGGGCCAGCAGGUACAUGAAAGCUUUACCCAAGGCCUCAAAACAAGGCAGAAGAGGUGGAAAGCAUCUCUACCCUGGCGCCGAUCACCUUGCAGAGGGGCAUGGCAGACCACACUGUGAGGGAGGUAUUUGGGGGAUGACAAGCAGCACGGUAGAGCGGAACAAACACGGGCCUUGGAAUCCAAGAGACUGAAUCUGAAUUCUAGGUCUGUCACCUGCUAGCUGGACAACUCUGGUCAAUUUUAAUGUCUAAAAGCCUCAGUUUUGUUUGCAAAAUGGAGCUAGUAAUACCUAUGUUGAAGGAUUGUUAAGAAAAUUAAAGAUGAAAAUAUGCAAAAUACCCCUGGCACACAGUAGGCACUCUAUUAACAGUAGCCUGGCAUGAAGACAACACUCAGUAAAUAUUUGUUGAAUAAAUGAAGUAGUGAUUUGGUGUGA